CUAAAACCUUGACUCAGUUAAAAGUGUUUGAAGAGUGUUUGCCUUGCGUUCUUGUUACACCAAUCACUAGUACUUUUUUUUUAUUACCAAGUCUUCUACCUAAGUAAUUCUCAUUGCUUGUAUAUCUUAAUCAACGUUAGAUUUUUUCCACGCAUUUUUGGCUGAAAUGAGCUGGGUUUGUUGUGGGUGCAAGAAAUAACGUGCCCAUUGCUUGUUCAUUUUAGUUUAUGAGCUGGGUUUAAUUUAAAAGGAACCGAGAGAACAUGGUUUCCUCUCCUGAGAUUCCAUAUAGGUGACUAAAGUUUGUUUGAUCCAAGAAGGUUGAAGGAACAGGUGUUUCUGGCAUGCCCAUUUCCUAAAAUGCUUUGGAUACAAUCUCAAAUGAAGCUAAAAGAUGGUAGUUUGAGUUACCAUCCUUACUCUCUACUUUCUUCUUAUUCUUCUUCCUCCUCCCCUUCAUUGCCAUACGAUAGUGGUUACCAAAAGCAACCAAACCCUCCAUCAUCAUCAUCAUCAUCAGCUAGUAAAAUAAGCCCAGCUGUUUUGUUCAUCAUAGUUAUUCUGGCUGUUAUAUUUUUCAUAUCUGGCCUUCUUCACUUGCUUGUCAGAUUUCUCAUGAAGCAUAGGUCUCCCUCAUCAGUAUCUGAAUCCAACAGAUACCCAGAAAUGUCAGGGUCUGAUGCUUUCCAAAGACAGUUACAACAACUUUUCCAUCUUCAUGAUUCAGGUCUAGAUCAAGCUUUUAUAGAUGCUCUACCUGUGUUUCUUUAUACGGAAAUAAUGGGGUUGAAAGAGCCAUUUGAUUGUGCAGUUUGUCUUUGUGAAUUCUUGGAACAAGACAAAUUGAGAUUACUUCCUAUGUGUAGUCAUGCUUUUCACAUAGACUGCAUAGACACAUGGUUGAUGUCUAAUUCUACCUGCCCUCUUUGUAGAGGAACCAUUUUCUCACCUGGGCUUCCAAUUGAAAAUCCAGUUUUUGACUUUGAAUAUCCAAGGGAAGAAAAUAUGUUAUCAGGCAAUGGAGGAAGUGGGGUGUCGCGUGGUCCAAAACCAGCAGAGAAUGACAUUGGAAAGAGGGUGUUUUCUGUCAGAUUAGGCAAAUAUAGAAGUUCAAAUGAUGGAAUAGGAGAAGCAGAAGUAGGAGGAGAAGGAGAGACCAGUAGCAGUAAUUUGGAUGCGAGGAGAUGUUACUCGAUGGGGUCAUACCAAUAUGUGGUUGCUGAUUCAGACUUGCAAGUAGCUCUAUGCCCCAGCAGAGGAGGCAACGAUAGUGCUAGUAUGAAGCUUGUGAAAGGAAGAGUUGGACAGAAUGGGAAUUCAUCAAAUGAUACGGAUGUAGAGGGAAAGAAAAUUAACAUGAGAAGUAAAGGUGAAAGCUUUUCUGUUUCCAAAAUCUGGCAAUGGUCUAAGAAAGGUAAAUUCCCAAGUUCUUCAGAUAUUGGAGGCUCUUCCUCCGUUACUAUUGGUUUGCCAAGGACUGAUACUAGAACUCAGGUUACUUGAAGGUAUUUACUGUUCCUUUGUACUUCAUUAUAGUGUUAUAUCAUUCAAUGAAUCUACUUAUUAAAAGCCUUUCCUUUCAAAGAAAUUGAUUCUUUGCUAGCGCAAUGCAACUUAUGUGAAAAUAUGCUUCGUUAAUGUUCUUACUUGUAUGGUUGUACAAACAAGUUCUUAAUUUAUGGCAAAUGGCAAUGUCCUUGGUAUUUUUCAGUAAAAUUCAAUGAAUCUAUUUAUUAAAGCCUUUCCUUUCAAAGAAAUUGAUUCUUUGCUAGCGCAAUGCAACUUAUGUGAAAAUAUGCUUCUUUAAUGUUCUUACUUGUAUGGUUGUACAAACAAGUUCUUA